AUGUAUACACAAUCCUCCUUCGUCCAUCAAGUUUCCGAAACCGAGUACAGCAUCUCACCCAUUACCAGUGAUGCAUACAUCAAACCCCAUCAAUUUUCAAUUGCUAUGAUUAUACUCAACGCUAUAACUUGCGCAUUGACCACUUUGAUGUCCCUAAUCAUCGAUUGGCACUUCGCCAUCCACACCCCAGCUUAUGUAGAGUUUGGGUGGGUGGGUUUGGCUGCCGGUCUAGAGCUAGCUUCUGUUGUUCUCGCAGGCAUAUCUGCACCCCAGGCAGAAGUUUGUUCACUAGAUAAAACAUCAUUUGGGGUUUACGAGGGAUUGGUAACUUCCGGGAGAAGGGUUUGCUCAAACUGGACGGCAGUUCUUGUCACAUCCGUGAUAUCACUCAUUAUGUUCAUUUUUCACUUCAUGUGGCACAUCAUAUUCCGCUUGUGGCAUAGGGCGGCAUUAGCAAGGCGCCCUACAGCUCCAAUCGAUCUAUGGAAUACGCCUAUACCUAAAUAUUAUCCCAUCAAUCCCCAGGAGACCGUAAAAAGGGAAGAUGCAGCCUUCUUAGCUCUCGGCGAGAGGGGAAUAAAGCCUGAAGAUUCGAUUGUCAUGGAUCCAUAUAGCCGUAUCUUCAAGCCUGUUGCUGUACGAAAGGCAGAGAAACUUGUCAAAAAUGGCACAAUAGGGCACGAAAUGCCUGUUGUCAAUGUGAUUGUUUCUAUAGAAGACCGAGAAGCGAAAUGCGUCCAAGGCAAUGCAUCCGAAACGACUCUCAAUGCUCCACCCGGCAAUCCAACGCAAGGUGAAUACGGACACAACCAGCCAAGUAGCGGAGGUUACGGUGGACCUCAACUUGGUCCCUCAAUCGAUCAGCAGGCGGCUGUUCAAAAUGCAACACAACAUUCAGGAGGUACUGGAGACACUUCAUUGUUUAGCACUGCACUUGGGUUCCUUAAUCAAAACCAGGCCCAGCAUACUGAGCCGAUCAACGAACAACACGUUCAGAACGCUCAUGCAGAAGCGUACGAGAAAGGAAAAGCCAGUAGCCUCGAUGCUGGAUCGCUGGGAGCUGCCGCUGCAAUGCAAGUUUUGAAAAACUUUACUUCGGGCUCGGGCCCGACCGGUUCUGGUGGGGGAGAUAGUCGAUCCCAGCUUAUCGGCAUGGCAAUGUCAGAGGCCAGUAAACUUUUUGAAAGUCAGGAAAGCAAGACUGGCCAGAAGCAAGACGCUGUAAAUUCGGCUGCAAUGACGGUUAUGAAACUACUUGUUCAGUCCAAGACAGGCCCGGGUGCCACCAACGCUGGUGGCAACGACUUUGGUUCCCUCCUCAAUCUGGCUUCUAAAUUCUUGAAAUAG